AUGCGGCUCCUUCGUCGCUCUCUGCUACCCGCACUCCUCGCCGGCUCCGCGCUCCUGCUCCGCGACGGUAGGCUGCUCCGCUGCUGGUGGUGGCUGCGGCAACGCUGGCUCCGAAGCUUUCUUACGGAGACGGACGUGGUCGACCCAGAGCGCUUGCGCCGCAUCGGUGGUGUUGACGUGUCGUUCGUCAAGGGCAGCGAGACCGACGCUUGCGCGGCGCUGGUCGUCCUCGACGCCGCCACGCUUGAGGUCAUCCACACGUCGUGCCGCCGCGUCGUGCUCACAGCGCCGUACAUCCCCGGCUACCUGGCCUUCCGCGAGGUCCGCUUCCUGCUCGAGCUGCUCGCGGAGCUGCGAGAGGCGGCGCCGCACCUCUACCCCGACGCCAUCCUCGUCGACGGCAACGGCGUCCUCAGCGGCGUGCCGACCAUCGGAGUGGGCAAGUCGCUGCACCGCGUCGACGGCCUCACCAAGGGGACGGUGGCCGCUCUCACGGCGCAGCUCGACCGGCGCGCGCCCUCUGGCGCGCUGCUGCGCACGUCCGAGCCGGCAAGCGCCGCGGGCGGCAUCCGCCCCGUCGUCGUGUCGGUCGGGCACGGCCUCUCCCUCCCGUCGGCCCUCGACGUGGCGGAGGCGGCGCGGCACGCCGAGGAGCUGCUGGCGGAGGUCGAGGCGGAGAAGCGCGGCAAGGGCAAGAAGGGCAAGAAGAAGAAGAAGGGCGGCGGGAGCGGCGCCGCCGGGCCGUCGCAGGAGCCCGAGGCGGCGGUGGAGGGUGCAGAGGCGCCAUCAGAGGGCGCCGAGGCGCUGUCAGAGGCAGCCGCAGCCGAGGCCGCGAAGGCCGAGGAGGAGAGAUUGAUCAGGCUUCUCGAAAGUUGUCACGAGGAGAGGAUCCGGCUCGGCAUCACGGCGGAGAGCCAGGCAGUGGCUUUAGCUGAGAUGGUCGAGGCGGAGCGGUUGGCCGAGGAGGCGGAGGAAGAGGAGGAGGAGGCAGAGGCGGAGGAGGAGGAAGCCGCGGCCGAGGAGGAAGCCGCGGCCGCGGCACUUGCGGCAGCGGAGGCGGCCACGGCGGCAGCUGAGGCGGCCACGGCGGCAGCUGAGGCGGCGAUGGCCGCCGCAAAGGCGAGGCGCGCGGCCGCUGCGAGGGCCAAGGCGGCCGCUGCAAGGAAGGCGGCGGACGCGGCCCAGCGCUCAUAG